AUGGGUAACUACUCGAAAGCACUUGAAUUUUACGAAAAAUCACAUAAAAUAAGAGAAAAAGCUCUGCCUCCGAAUCAUCCCGAUUUGGCUAGUUCCUACAACAACAUCGCUUCGGUGUAUAACAACAUGGGUAACUACUCGAAAGCACUUGAAUUUUACGAAAAAGCACUUAAAAUCUACGAAAAAGCUCUGCCUCCAAAUCAUCCCGAUGUGGCUGCUUCCUACAACAACAUCGGUCUCGUGUAUAACAACAUGGGUAACUACUCGAAAGCACUUGAAUUUUACGAAAAAGCACAUAAAAUCAGAGAAAAAGUUCUGCCUCCAAAUCAUCCCGAUUUGGCUACUUCCUAUAACAACAUCGGUGGAGUGUAUAAGAGAAUGGGUGACUACUCGAAAGCACUUGAAUUUUACGAAAAAUCACAUAAAAUCUACGAAAAAGCUCUGCCUCCAAAUCAUCCCGAUUUGGCUAGUUCCUACAACAACAUCGCUUCGGUGUAUGAUGGUAUGGGUGCCUUCUCGAAAGCACUUGAAUUUUACGAAAAAUCACUUAAAAUAAGAGAAAAAGCUCUGCCUCCGAAUCAUCCCUUAUUGGCUACUUCCUAUAACAACAUCGGUGGAGUGUAUGACAACAUGGGUGACUACUCGAAAGCACUUGAAUUUCACGAAAAAUCACUUAAAAUCCUCGAAAAAGCUCUGCCUUCGAAUCACCCUCAUUGGGCUAGUUCCUACAACAACAUCGGUGGAGUGUAUAACAACAUGGGUGACUACUCGAAAGCACUUGAAUUUUACGAAAAAUCACUUAAAAUCCUCGAAAAAGCUCUGCCUUCGAAUCACCCUCAUUUGGCUAGUUCCUACAACAACAUCGGUAUGGCAUAUUCCGUCAAAGGAGACUACUCGAAAGCACUCUCAUUCUUAGAAAAGGCACUUAAAAUCUACGAAAAAGCUGAGCCUUCCAAUCAUCCCUCAUUGGCUACUUCCUACAACAACAUCGGUGAAGUGUAUGACAACAUGGGUGACUACUCGAAAGCACUUGAAUUUUACGAAAAAUCACAUAAAAUAAGAGAAAAAGCUCUGCCUCCCAAUCAUCCAAAUUUGGUUCAAUCCUGCAACAACAUCGGUGGAGUGUAUGACAACAUGGGUGACUACUCGGAAGCACUUGAAUUUUACGAAAAAGCACUUAAAAUAAGAGAAAAAGCUCUGCCUCCAAAUCAUCCCUUAUUGGCUACUUCCUACAACAACAUCGGUUUGGUGUAUGACAACAUGGGUAACUACUCGAAAGCACUUGAAUUUUACGAAAAAUCACAUAAAAUAAGAGAAAAUGCUCUGCCUCCAAAUCAUCCCGAUUUGGCUACUUCCUACAACAACAUCGGUGGAGUGUAUAAGAACAUGGGUGACUACGCGAAAGCACUUGAAUUUUACGAAAAAACACUUAAAAUCGACGAAAAAGCUCUGCCUCCGAAUCAUCCCGAUUUGGCUGUUUCCUACAACAACAUCGGUCUCGUGUAUAAGAACAUGGGUGACUACGCGAAAGCACUUGAAUUUUACGAAAAAGCACUUAAAAUAAAAGAAAAAGCUCUGCCUGCAAAUCAUCUCGAUUUGGCUAUUUCCUACAACAACAUCGGUAUGGCAUAUUCCGUCAAAGGAGACUACUCGAAAGCACUCUCAUUCUUAGAAAAGGCACUUAAAAUCUACGAAAAAGCUGAGCCUUCGAAUUAUUCCAAUUUGGCUAAUUCCUACAACAACAUCGGUGAAGUGUAUGACAACAUGGGUGACUACUGGAAAGCACAUGAAUUUUACGAAAAAUCGCUUAAAAUUGAAGAAAAAGCUCUGCCUCCAAAUCAUCCGAAUUUGGCUAUUUCAUAUGGCAACAUCGGCCAAGUGUGUAACAAUAUGGGCAAUUACUCCAAGGCACUUUCAUUUCUCGAAAAGGCGCUAGCUAUUCAACAGAAAACACUUCCGCCAUCACAUCCUCAUAUUAAAGAAACGAUUCGUAGAAUUAACAAUGUUAAAAAAGUGUAA